CGCCGCCGCCGCCUGCCCGCCCGGCCAGUGACCGCACGGUGACAGCGGCGAUCGUGCCGUCACCGAACAGGACCAGACGGCGCAAGGAGCCAUGUACGACUAUCUGCGCAUCUCGUACUUCCUCUCGACGAUGGAGCCGGAGGAGCAGUCGUCGCUGGAGCUGGAGAUGUCGCAGCUGACGGGCGAGGACGCUCCCUCAUCUGUGCCGCCGCCACCGCCACCUCCGCCGCCGCCUCCCCCACCGCCGCCGCCGCCGCCGCCGGAGCGACCGCCGCGGCCGGCGGAGACGCCACCGCCGCCGCCGCCGCCGCACCGCGCUUGCCAGCAGCAGUACCCGAAGCAGGGCUGCAUCACGGACCGCGGCGGCGCCGAGACGGCCGAGGCGGCCGCGCUGCUGCCGGCACCGUUCCGGCUGCUGCACGGCGAGUACGUGGGCCGCGCCGGCCACGUGGAGGAGGGGCGUCUCUACUUGACCAACUACCGGCUGUACCUGCAGGCAGACACGGCACGGGGUCUGCUGAACGUGCCGCUGGGCCUGCUCGAGACGGUCGAGUGCCGCGACAUAUUCUACCUGCACGUGCAGUGCAAGGACGCCAGGUCGUUCAGGCUGACCCUGCCCACGAGCGAGGCGUGCGCCGGCUGGCAGCGGGACCUGAGCGCCGCGCUGGCGCCCCCCGAGCGGCUGCUCGACUCGUUCAGCCACGCUUUCCGCGCCUGGUGCCACGAGGAGAGCGGCGAUGACCUCCACCCGACGCUCGUCUCGCUGGCUGGACGGCCGGCCGGCUCCGAGCUGGCCGCCUACAAGGCGGAGCUGGAGCGGAUGGGCUUCGACCUGCGCGCUGCCUGGCGCAUCAGCACGGCCAACCAGGAAUACAAGCUGUGCCCGUCGUACCCGCGCUACCUCCUGGUGCCGUUGUCGAUCAGCGACGACAUGCUGGAGAAGGUGGCCAGGUUCCGGGCGCUGCGGCGCGUCCCGGCCGUAUGCUGGAGACACGGCCGGACGGGCGCCGUGCUGGCGCGCUCCGGCCAGCCAGAGGUGGGCUGGCUGGGCUGGCGCUCCGCCGAGGACGAGGAGCUGGUCAAGGCGCUCAGUGAGGCGUGCGCCGCCAACCGGCUGGCGGCCGAGGCGGCGCACCCGGCCGCCGCGCACGCCAACGGCGACGUGCCCAGCUUGCGCGACCUUUCCGAGGAGGCGCUACUCUUCAAGAACACCGAGAAGGUGGUGAUCGUGGACGCGCGCAGCUACGCGGCCGCCGUGGCGAACCGGGCGCGCGGCGGCGGCGUCGAAUGCCACGAGUACUACCCCAACAGCGAGGUGGUCUUCAUGAACCUGCCCAACAUCCACGCCGUGCGCAAGUCGUACCAGGCGCUGCGUGCGCUCCUCUCGGCGCCCACCGACCAUUCCAACUGGUUCCAGUCGCUGGAGGCCACCCGGUGGCUGUCGCACAUGUCCGCGCUGCUGCGAGCCGCCGUCAGCGUAGUGCGUCACAUGGACGAGCAGGGCCGGCCGGUGCUGGUCCACUGCAGCGACGGCUGGGACCGCACGCCCCAGAUCACCGGACUCGCCCAGAUCAUGAUGGAUCCGCACUGCCGCACCAUCGACGGCUUCCAGGCGCUGCUGGAGCGCGAGUGGCUCGACUUUGGCCACAAGUUCGCCGACCGCUGCGGCUCGGGCGUCUGCACGGAGGACCUGAACGAGCGCUGCCCCGUCUUCCUGCAGUGGCUCGACUGCGUGUACCAGCUGACGCAGCAGUUCCCCUGCGACUUCCAGUUCAACAUGGCCUACCUGGUGAAGCUCGUCCACCACACCUACUCCAACCUGUUCGGCACGUUCCUGUGCAACUCUCCGCGGGACCGGGACGCGGCUGAGCUAGCGAGCAGCACGUACUCCGUGUUCGCCUACCUCCGCACCAACCGCGACCGCUUCACCAACUACCUGUACAUUAACCGCGGCAAGGUGCUGACGCCGUCCGUGCACCCGCGCGACCUAAGCCUGUGGUCGGCCGUGUACCUGGGCUCGCUGCCGCCCUGCUCGGACGACGUGCUGGUCCGCCUGCCGCCGCCCGAAGAGCCGGCCGACACGGCCGGCAAGCAGCUGGUGCGCACGCGCAGCUGCGAGGACCUCACCGAGCGGAAGGAGCUGACGCGCACGGCCAGCGACCCCAGCCUGCUUGACACGUGCGGCAAGGAGGCGGAGGCGGAGGCGGCGUGUACCAACGGCGACGCGACCGGCGCCGAGGAGCGUGACGCCGACUCCGGUCUGCCGGACGCCUCGCCGGAGGGCAGCGAGGCGGCGGCUGGCUCGAGCGGCGCCGCCACCGGCUCGACGGACACGCUGGCGAGCCAGGAGCGCCGCGAGCGCAGCACCAGCACCACCGACAUCAGCCACUCGGGCGUGCGCCAGCGCUGCCUCUGCCACCAGCUGCGCCGGCUGAUGGGGCAGCCGGCGCGCGCCAGCCCCGGCCACAGCCGCACGCCCAGCUCGGGCUUCCCGGCCACGCCAAACGACGACAGGCUCUCGGAGCGGACGUCCGACUCCCCCUCCUGCCGCCGUCUGGAGCUGGACGGCCUGCCCCGGGUCAAGGACGACAUGCACCAGCGGCUCUAUCACAUGCACAUCGCGCACAAGAGCGAAGUGGAGGCACUGCGCCGGGACCUGCAGAUGACGCGUCUGGCGCUCUGCAACCAGGUGGCGUACCAGUGCUCCGGCGGCCGGCACGGUGACCGGCCGGAUGACGCGGAGCUGGCGGCGGCGCUGGAGGAGCAGCUGUCGGUGGGCCGUCAGUCGUCGACGUCUGACGUGAGCUGGGAGGCGGUGGAGGAGGCGGACGCGCGACCGCAGCUCUGGGUGCCGGACUACGCAGCCGCCCGCUGCGCUGGCUGCGACACCGAGUUCUGGCUCGGCCGUCGCCGCCACCACUGCAGGAACUGCGGCAACGUCUACUGCGCCGACUGCUCCAAGUACGAGGCGACCAUCCCGCGCGAGCAGCUGUACUCGCCGGUGCGCGUGUGCUCGCGCUGUUUCGCCCAGCUGAGCUCGUCGCGCGUCUCGCCAGACCCUGCCGUCUGCGGGCCGUGCCGCCGCGCCGAGGAGGGCGCCUCGGACGGCGCGCCGGCGCGGACCGAAAACGGCGCCUCCGGCUGAGCGGCGGGCCGCCUCGGCCGCCGCCUCGCCGCCUCGCCGCCCGCUCCUGUACAGCGCGCCACCGGCGCCCGUGUGCCGCGCGCUUGCCGUUGAGCGCGCCGUUCAGAUAUUUAUUUUUGUAAAAGUGUCCGUGCAGCGCGGGCCGCCGCGCUUGCGUCUAGUCGUUGAGCGCGAGCUGCUCCGGGCGUGGGGGGCGGCGACCCGUGCCGUGUUCCGCGUCGGACUCCGUGCGUGCAGCGCGUGAGCCGCCGCGGCUCGCUGAC